AUGGCCACUUUCACUGCGCUUAAUGGUGGCUCGCCAAAGAUAUUGGACACCGUGAAUGGCGGUGUUGCCAGCGAGAUGAAGCGGUCCGGAUCCGAGGAGCUGUCACGAACCGAGGCUGUCGCGCCGACAUCCCAGCUAGAGCCCAUCAACAGCAAAGCAUCGAGACCGGCAGGCGACGUGAGCAAGUCCACGGCAGCAGCAGCAGAGACCGACAGGGAACGUGUGAAGCAAAAUGCAAUGGAAUUCGAUGAGCGGGAGCGGCAAAGGGAGAACCGGGCAGGUCCCGCCCCGACUGUCGAGCGGCCCCGUCACUCUUCGACCGGCUUUCCUGAUGUCGACAGCGGCGCACUGAAGCGCAAGAGAUCUAACUCACCAGACACUCGCUCAACCGUGGAACCUGCUCAUCGGGAAGCGUCCGAACCUAAGGAAGGGCAGGCGCAAUCUCGUCCCAUCUCACGUGAUCAAAGCAGCUUCAGUCCGCAAAAGAACCAUGCGACGCACACAGAUACCGGUCACGAGAGGAGGAAUGGGCAGGAGCAAAGCGUGAGGAAAUCUCUUUUUGGGCCGCCGGGAGCAAGGGACGAUUGGGGGCCAAACUAUGAGCAGGCCCAUUCUGCAAUCCCAAGCUCCGCCAUUAGCGAGGUGGACCCGAUGGGCGACAGUCUUGCCAGGGCCACGCAACGCAUAAGUAAUGACGAUGAGAGGGCUAGCCCUGAGGAUAUGGACGAUUCGCCCAUGACGCCUUACCCGAGCGGCUCGUACAAUGCCGAGCAGCAACGCGAUGGGCUAGUUCACUCGGAUCCCAAAAAGCGAAAGCGCAACUUUAGCAACCGGACCAAGACUGGCUGCCUUACCUGCAGGAAGCGCAAAAAGAAGUGUGACGAGGCUAAACCCGAAUGCAGCAACUGCAUCCGAGGCGGUUUCGUUUGCGCCGGAUACCCUCCGCAGCGCGGUACGUGGCCAAAGCCGGAGAGCAAGCCGACGACGGUCCAGAUCGAGAGCAAGGAUCCGACGUACAUCCCACCGGGAGCGUACGGCAUGCCCCAGUCUGGAUUUCCCCCAAUUGCUGCGCCGGCCAUUAUGCCUCCACAGAAACGCGAGCCUCUCCCCUCGUAUCGUGGCCAGCAGCUGCGGAUCGAGACGCCGCACCAGCGCCUUCUGUCCGAUGACGAGCGGGCCCCCGUCCCCUUGCCGAUGCCAGUUGUGACUAUGGCCUCUGAAGGCAAGUUGUCGGCAUUUCACAAUUCGACAGUCACAAACCUUCUCCCAACUCCCAUCAGCGCCCGCACACCGCAUGAACUUCUGAAUCCACACCCCGAUUAUCAGACACCAAAGAGAGUUCCACCAUUGCACGACCUUACUCGGACAGAUUCAGACCUGCAAAAGUCUGGGCAGAUCCCCAAGAUCAACGUGACCCAUGACAGGGUCCACAGGUCAUCGAGUCCUCCAAAGUCUGCAGCCACAGUUCAGGCUACAGCACAGAUGGCUCUCUCACAUACAUUCGCCGCGCCGAGUCGUCCAAAGCGGGAGAAGGAGGAGAUGGUCUCGGGCAACCCCUUCAAUCCUUAUGACAAGGAGCUUGUUCUGGAACGUGAGAGGUGUUUGACUGCUGUGUGGCGGUUUAACAACUCGACCAAUCCCACCACCGGGGUGUCACCAACGGAGAGAAGCCGCCUCUUUAAGGAGAUUCUCCAGCCGAGCGAACCGAUUCAGAUGACUGCAAGCAUGGUUUCGCCGGUCUCACAGACGGGCCAUAUCGGUAACGGUGUUGUGGUUGAGGCGCCGUUUCACUGCGAUUAUGGUUACAACAUCACUAUCAAGGAUAACGUCUUUAUCGGGAGAAACACAUCGAUCAGUGACUCCGCUGCGGUGAUAGUUGGGGACAAUACCUAUAUUGGACCCAGCGUCCAGAUUCAUACUGCAACGCUUUCGACGGACCCCCGUCGCCGGAACGGCGCACUUAGCCAGCAGACGGCCCAGCCAGUGACGAUCCAUGACAACGUCUUUAUUGGUGCAAACGUCACGAUUCUUCCCGGUGUCACCAUUGGAACUGGCAGCACCAUCGGGGCUGGGUCUGUUGUCACUAGGAGAAAAGAUUCCGAAGUAAUGACAACCUCAUCGACGCCGCUUUCCGACUACACCGCGGUCUUUCGCGCCAAGACCACAGACGGCGGCGCAGUCCAGACGACUCCAUCAGCGCCGGCGCUGGACCCUUCACGCCGCCGCAUCAGGAGGCGGAAUCGGCCGGCCUUGGCGUGCGAGCCCUGCCGGCUUCGCAAAAAGAAGUGCGAUAGGCAGCACCCGUGUCUGGGCUGCGUGGGCCGCGGGGACACGUGUUACUAUGCCGCGGCCCCGGUCUUGGGCGCGACGGGCGGCGGUGCCGUGACCGCAGGGAACAGGGGCGGAGGCUCGAUUUCUAAAGGACAUGGGGGCGCCGGCGCAGGCGGAUCCAGCAGAUACGAGGCGCAGGUCCGGCUGCAGAGGUUGGAGGAUAUGGUCAGCGAGUUGGUGGGCCGUACCCAGGCGGCAGGCAACAGCAGCAGCAGCAGCAGCGGCGAGACCCCCGAGACAGCGCAAAGCAGCAGCAGCGCGUCCGGUCCCUCGCCUGCCUCGUCGGCCUCGCCCGCGGCGGCCCGUGUCGGCGAGCUCCAACCGCAGAGCCUCUCGGGCGUCGUCGAAACGGCGCCUCGGGCGGGUGAGCACCUGGGAGGCAACCAGGAGGGUUCGACGGCGACGACCUUUAUCGGCGCCACGCACUGGUCCGCCUUCUUGCAGCAGAUUCGCGACCUCCAGGGCUACCUCGAGCACGAAAUGGCCGAUGACGUGGCGGCGGCGGCGGCGGCGCGAACAUCCCCAUCACCGUCGCCGAGGCCGCCGUCUUCGGGCGGCCGACUCGAACCCGACUUUUUGCUGGACAGCCGGGGCUCGCGCGUGUCGACCGACGAGAUCCUGGACGCGCUCCCGCCGCGGACCGAGUGCGACAAGCUGCUGGCGGCCUAUUUUUGCAACGACUUCCUGCGCGCGCCCCUGCUGCACUCGGUGCAGUUCCAGCGGACGUACGUCGCCUUCUGGGACCGGCCCGAGGUCGCGAGCGUACUCUGGGUCAGCAUGCUGUUCUCGGUCCUGUACAUGUCGUCGGGGGUCGAGCUGGCGCGGCGCGUGUCGAGGGACUGCGGCGAGGGCGCCGUCUACCCGCCCAGGGACAUGGAGACGUGGCCUGAGAUGGUCAAGAUCGGCGCCCUGCGCGACAUGGCGGCCCGGUGCCUCGUGUCGGGCGACUACCUCAAGGGGCCCGCGUACGCCGUAGAGGCUCUCGCCCUUUACAGCUUCAUGCGCCUCUACAGCAUCGACGGGGAGACGGAUCCCAUGCUGUGGGCCGGCGUCGGCACUGCCAUCAGGCUCGCGCAACAUCUGGGAUAUCACCGAGAUCCGCGGCACUUGUCUUCUACUGCGGUCAUCGGCAGCCGUGGUCAGGAACGUCCGGCAUUGUCUGCGUUUGCGGGAGAGAUGCGCAGGAGAACCUGGUACGUUCUCGAAGCCUUUGACUUCCUCCUCUCGUUCCGCCACGGCGUGCCCACCGUCAUACACGGAGACGACACCGACACCGAAAGCCCGACGAACCUGAUAGACACCGACUUUGACGAGCACACGACGGUGCUUCCGGCAGGACGGCCCAGCACUGACCCGACGCCCAUGUUGUACGUCUGCUACAAGUCCAAAUCGAUCCGGCUGGCCCGCCGCCUGGUGCGCCACACCAUCAGACAGCAGCCGCAGCAGCAGCAACAACAACAACAACAACAACAACAACAACAACAACAACAACAACAACAACAACAACAACAACAACAACAACAACAACAACAACAACAACAACAACAACAACAACAACAACAACAACAACAACAACAACAACAACAACAACACGGACGGCAAGACGCCGCCUCGUCGCCCUCGUACCAGCAGACCAUGGCGCUCGACGCCGAGCUGCGCGCCCACAAUGCUGACAUGCCCCCGAGCCUCCGGCUCGUCCUGCCCAUCUCGGAGCACGCGCCGCUGACCGACACGCCACCGCGCAUCAUCCACCGCGUCGCGGCAGACCUCAUGUACCACAAGUCCGUGUGCGUCCUGCACCGCGCCUACCUGACUUGCGGCGGCGAGGGGACAAGGGCGACGGAUCCGAGCGUCGAGUACUCGCGCACCACGUGCCGCGCCUCGGCCCUGCGCAUCCUAAAAGUCCAGGCCGAGAUCGAAAAGGAGAUGAGGCCCGGCGGCCGCCUGCACGGUGAGGAUUACCUGCUUGGCGGCAUCGUGAAGCACGACUUUCUGCUCGCCGCGACCAUCAUGUGUCUGGACCUGGUCGAGUCGUCGUCUACAAGCCUCGAUGACCAACUCGAGAAACUCGAGGUCCUGGAGACGUCAUACGGAUUCUGGCACAGCCGCCGGCACUCCUCCCGGGAUGCGGCGUACGCCGUCAAAGUCCUUGGUGCGAUCAUAGCAAAGGUGAAAAGGACCAACAAGGAGCUGGCGGGUUCCACGGAAGGACAGUGGCUACAGCUACAGCAGCCGCAGCAACAUGAUUCGCAGUGGCUGGCUGCUAUUACAUCGUCAGUGCCGCCUUCGGCGUCAUCUUCAGGACAAGCAGGGCUUGUAGCUGCCGCUCCGGACACGUUCGAGAAACAGGAUCCUAUGUAUGACCUGCCGUUGGACGAUGGCUUCCUGGCUGUAAAUGCUGAGGACCUAGAUUGGACUCGUUUCUUCUCGACCGCCAGUCAACGCUUGAUCCGCGUCAAGACUGGUCAUCUUUCGGUCCGCUGUGAGACCGGCAAACGCAUCAGCAAGAUCUCGUCCUUGGUCGCUGUGCAAAGUCCGAACUGGAGACAGUUUGUGAACAUGUCGUUUCAUAGGCAUUGCUCAAGGAUCUAUUGA